UGCUUUUAAAAUCUCCUCAGCUGACUGUGGUGUUCAGCCAAGGCUGAAGCGCAGCCCGCUGUCUUAGGCCCCGCUGAGCUGGAAGGGGUGUCAGAGCUGGACCUCUCGUGGCCCCCUUGGUGUCUGGGUCACCCUGGGUUUGCCAGGGCUCAGGAGGGUCGUCAGGUUGGCAAGUCUAGGUAUUGUCGGCUCCCGAUCAGGAGAUAUAGGGUUGGAGAAAGGACAUGGGCCUUCCAAAAACUAGAUGUCAGUUAACCAUCAAGGGUGGACACUUAUUCCCUCCCCGUAGGCGUCCUCGCUGGGGAAGAAAUGAGGUCGGGCGAUUGCUUGGGGAGCUUGACGGGACAAAGGUAGCUGGGAUGUUGUUGGUGAGGACUGUCGUCGGGCGAGUCACCGAGUCCGGUGGAUUUGCUUGCCCUGCUCGAGGACCAGGGCUGUGUUCUUACAGCGCUGGGGUUAUAUCAUCCCUAUAGAGUCCUGAAGACGGUGGUUCACGUGACUUAGGACUUGAUCAGAUAUCUGGGUUUCUUUUAUAACCCGUGUCUUAGGGUAGCCUGUUUAAACUUAUGGCAGAGCUCAUCUAUUGCACAGAUUUUAAAUUUGGGGGCUGUUAGUAUUUUUUCCUUAUUCAUAAAUUCUGAGGGUAUUUUACAGCAGUCCUGUAUAUGAAAUUAGAGAAUUUCUUUUUUGUUUCAUUAACAGUUUUUUAAGGUAUAAUGUGUAUACCAUAAAUUCACCUAUUUUAAUUGUAGGAUUCUAUGGUUUUUAGCGUAUUUACAGAGUUCUGCGACCAUCACUUUUGUUUCUGGUAGUUAACUUCUUUACCAUUCUUAAAGUUUGCCCAAGUGGACACGUAUAGGCACAAACUUAAUAUAUAAUAUGAUAUAGUAGUAUACUGGUAUUAUAAGGACCUUAGAACACAUACUCUCAUAUUGUGUGGUACCUGAACAAGGGAAGUUAAAAGGAAAAUUGAAGUCAAUGAUUCUGGCUUGUUUUGAUCCACCUCAUGAAGUGGUUUCCACCAGGAACCCAGUCAUAUACAACAAAAGGGCAGCUGACCCAGUCCAUUCUGACCUUGGUCGUUUGUUGGUGAAAAACAAGAAUCUUUUAACUGAGCUAAGAAAUCUUCAAAAAAAACUUUCCAUAAAAGAAACUUCACUGCAAGAGAUGAAGACUGAGCUAGAAAGUUACAAAGAAAAUAAUAUGCAACAGUUGUUCCAGAUAAUGUCCCUGAAAGAUGAUAUCAAGGACCUACAGGAACUUACUGCUUCUCUAACCAGAAUUAAAUCUUUGAAAAACACCAAUAUACAGAGUCUUAAAAGAGGCAACUGGGAUUUAACUGAACGAAUUAUGGAACUAGAAAACCAGAUAAGGGCACAUCUGCUUGAAAGAGAAAAGGCAGAGCAAAGAGAUUUUCUGGAGAAAAAGUUCUCAGGUGCUAACAGAUUCACCCCUUAUAUGUAUAUGAAAGGACAAGAAGAAUCCUUGGAUAUUUUCAUGAUGAAGGAUAAGGAUGAAGCUAUCCUGUCCAAGAACUUUGAGAGAAACAUUCUUCACUCCGAAGGACCAAAAGAUGAGCAGAAAAAAUGGGAUAAAUGUGAACAAGAUUUGGUCCAUAAAGAACAACAAACAUCUGAAUUAGACAGAUCUCCAUAUUCAUUUGGCUGGGAAACUAAAACUGCACAAUCCCAAUAUCUACGUUUCCUUGGUCAGUUGGCUGCUCUUCCAGGUGAUGGCACUGUCCCCAUACCAGCCACAGAGGAAGCUGUGAAUGAGAAGAUUCAGGAAACUGGUGCAAAUGAGCAACCUUGGAAAUCUAAAACCAAAGACCUUCAGAUGCUCACUAAACGACUGGAGCAGCUGCAUUACCUUUAUAAAGAUACUGCUCAAAAAUCAUCCCAAACUGAAGAAAAGUAUUGGGAACAAAAAAGACCCUUGAAACACCUAGAGGGGAAAAUUGAAAUCAAUGACUUUUUUCAAGGAAGAUUAGACUUGGAUAAGAAGAAAGAAAACUCAAAGACUACAAAUUCCCAAACAGAUGAGCACAGUGAAAAGUUUAAACAGCUAGAGGAAAACAACACUCAACAAAUGAUAUUAAAUAUUCAGCAGAAUUUGCAGAUUGCUACAACACAAAGAUUGGAGGAGAAAAUUCAGAAACUUCAGAAACAGCUCAGUGAUUUGAAAUUGUCAAAUAAAAGUAUGAAAACUCAACUGACAAGAGUAAAUGUCCUUAAAGACAAAACAAUUGAAAAACUCAGGAAAUCUUUAACAAAAGUGGAAACAACAAAAGAGAAGGCAGUUAUGCAAACAGAAAACUUGAAAGCUACAUUAGACUCUGGAGAGCAAGAGGUAGGAUCAGACAAAGAGAGGGCCCAUCAGAUGUUAGAUGCUGUCACUCCUGAGCUCUCCACAGCAAAGGGCACACUUGAAGAAGUACCAGGACAAGAACAAAAGCUUGCUGACUUUCGAGAAACUAUUAUGAAGAUGCUGGGAUUUAACAUGAAAACAGCAGACAAGGAAAUCAUCAAUCAGCUAAGGCUUAUUAUACAGGUUUAUGAAAUAUCUAAAAAAUCAAAGACUGCUUCUGAUUGUGAGACUAGACAGGAUAAUAAAUAAGGAAGUUCUGCCUUUUCAUUGCUGACAACAAUAACUAAGCAACAAUAACUAAGCUGGACGUUUCCUCCAGCAUCUUGAAUAUAGCUACGCUGUGAAUAAAAUGCAUUGGAAAUUUUAA